ACAAUCCUGUAAUUCACUUAGACAACACUUAGACAAUCAUGUAGCAAAGUUUAGACAAGUCUGAUUGGCUAGAGACUUGAAUAGUUGCUAUGAUCUAGACACUGUUUACCACAUGAUUUAGAAGCCCUCAGGGCUAGUAGAACCCUCACUAGACUCGGGAUACUACCACCAGCCCUUUGGGCUUCUAAACCAGGAUAAACUUCCUAAACAGUGUCUAUAACUAUUAUAUAUCUACCGCAGCUAGACUACAAGUUGUAGCUACAAGAGAAAUGGCACUAAUCACUAUUUCAUUAGCACUGGUACUAAUUGCUAGACACGUUACAGCUCAGGAUUGUGUCCGUGGUAACUCUGAUGGAGCGGACAGUCUGCCUAGCUUCUUAGACCCAAAUAAUUGGAACUCUAUAGUUCGUGUGAAUCCGAUACAAGUCAUCAUUAAAAGCUACGAGUUCCACUGCUGUGGGAAAGUUGGAGCGUGGGCUGCGUAUGUGGAGCCUGGUGGUGGUAGUCAUACUACUGCAUACUCCAUAAAGUUCCAGAUAUGGAGACCAACGAGUGAGAAUAGUGCAAGUUACAUAAAAAUUGGAGAGAAUUCCUUUUUCCCUGCUACUCUUACUAACAGCUACAUUGCUGCAACACCACUUCCCAACCAACAACUUGACUUCCAACCAGGAGAUGUGGUUGGAUAUUAUCUCCAGCAGGAUGGUGGCACUAAUGGAGGUCUGCAGUUUGAUGCUGGGUUCACUUCUGAAGAGCUAUGGUAUGCGACUGGUAACUCUGACCUACAAAAUGACAACUCACUGGAAGUGGGCAAUGCAGGGGACCUCAGCAUAUCUGCAAGCCUUGGACCAAUCAUCUCAAUAUCAAUUACAACCACUGUGGACUGUCCCUCCACCUCGACCAUGGUCCUAAACCCCACCUAUGUGGCCACUGUGACCCCAUUAACUGUUAAUGAACCAACAACCAUAGCAGUAAGUGCUACUCAAGGCAAGAUUGGAAUAUCCUCUGAGACAAUACUGCCCUCUAGUAGUGACUUCGGACUUCAAGCCGAGUCUAGCUCUGUGUCAGCACCUAUAACCACCAUUGGUCUACCACAACCAAGCAGUGCUACUCUAGACAAUAUUGGAAUGACAAUAUUACUCUCUAGUAGUGACUUCGGACUUCAAGCUGAGUCUAGCUCUGUGUCAGCACCUAUAACAACCACUGGUCUACCACAACCAAGCAGUUCUCCCAUGAACUCUCCUCAAGUCACACCAGCAGUUACUACAACACAACCUCAAGAAGUGAACGUGGGACUGUUUGCUGGAAUCGCAGUGUCUGUUGCAGUACUAGUGCUGUUGGUCAUACUGACUGCAGUGAUGCUUUUGGCUUGUGUGGUGAAAAAGAAGAGGGAAAACAAACGACAAAGAGCAGAAGUGCCAAUGAUAAGAAAUGAAGCCUACGUUGGAGUAAGACAGUCGAGUUCUGACAAUGGCCCCUCAAUACCCACCACAGAGAAUGAGGCAUACACUAGUGUCACUGCUAACACUGAGGCUGAAGAAUAUUAUGACUAUGUUGUGUAAUGAACAAAACCUAACGGGUGACCCUCUCAGAGUUCCACAAAACUUCACAUAUAAUGUCUAUAUAGCCUAUGGUAGAGUAAAACUACAGCAAUAAUUUGUAUGGUCCUGCGAUGGAAUGUUUUCAGAGAGUGUAUCUUAUAGUUUAUGCAAAAAGCUUCUGAUUUCGAGUUUUCACAACAGCUGCAUGCUGUGAUUGUUGUUGUAUAAGGUUUGGCUUGAAGCCAUAAUAGUAAAUAAAUGUGUUUUAUGGGUUAAAA